GACAAGAGUGACAACAAGGCUGUGUCCUGCCAGGGGGAGGGGCCUCUGCUAGGAAUGUACAUUGAGUCCAACUUGGAGGAGGCCCAGGUCCUCCCGAAGUACUUGUGUCCGGGUGGUGGACUGGAUUAGCCGCGGAGCCCUGGAAGCUGCCUGCCUUUCUCCCUGUGCUUAACCAGAGGUGCCCAUGGGUUGGACAAUGAGGCUGGUCACAGCAGCCCUGUUACUGGGUCUCGUGAUGGUGAUCACUGGAGACGAGGAUGAGAACAACCCGUGUGCCCAAGAAGCCCUCUUGGACGAUGACGCCCUUGUGUGCCAGGGCCUUGAAGUUUUCUACCCAGAGUUGGGGAACAUUGCCUGCAAGGUUGUUCCUGAUUGUAAUAACUACAGACAGAAGAUCACCUCCUGGAUGGCGCCAAUAGUCAAGUUCCCGGGGGCCGUGGAAGGCGCAACCUAUAUCCUGAUGAUGGUGGAUCCAGAUGCCCCAAGCAGAGCAGAACCCACACAGAAAUUCUGGAGACAUUGGCUGGUAACAGAUAUCGAGGGUGCCGACCUGAAGAAAGGGAAGAUUCAGGGCCAGGAGUUAUCGGCCUACCAGGCUCCCUCCCCACCAGCACACAGUGGCUUCCAUCGCUACCAGUUCUUUGUCUAUCUUCAGGAAGGAAAAGUCAUCUCUCUCCUUCCCAAGGAAAACAAAACUCGAGGCUCUUGGAAAAUGGGCAUAUUUCUGAACCGCUUCCACCUGGGCGAACCUGAAGCAAGCACCCAGUUCAUGACCCAGAACUACCAGGACUCGCCAACCCUCCAGGCUCCCAGAGGAGGGGCCAGCAAGCCCAAGCACAAAACCAGGUGGAGAUAGCUGCCUGCUAGAUGGCAGGCUUCGCCGUCCAGGCACGUGGCCACACUGCCCACCACCGACGAUGUGGGUAUGGAACCCCCUCUGGAUACAGAACCCCUUCUUUUCCAAAUUAAAAAAAAAAAAAAACAUCCAG